AAGGAGGAUGCGGACGCUUGUGUGUCUGCCGACGGGAGCGAAAGUUAAAUCGUAGUCGAGUCCAAAAGUCUGCUCGAAGCCGUGGACGACCCAUCGCGCCUUGAUUCUUUCGAAGGAACCAUCGGAGUUCAUCUUCACGCGAAAAACCCAUUUUUCGGUGUUAAAGGAAUAGCUGCUUCGGAGACAACGGGCAUUGGCUGCUGCUGACGAUCACGUUCGUAAUGAAGAACAACAUCGCGGACAUCUUCAGAGUCUGCUUCGCUGAGUGGGAUAAACUCGGCAGUUCCAACUGACGUGGUUGGCACGGGGAUGUUUGUGGCAGUUUCUGAAGAUUCAGCGACGGAUUCAUCCUGUACAUCUGCUUCGGCCUCGUCGGUAGCGAAGGCACACGAGCCUUCGAACAGCCUGGCAGGAUUGGCAGCUGCAGCAUGUGUGGCAAAGAAAACGUCGGAAGAGAAGUUGUCGACAGCAAGUUGCGCAGAAGAACUACAUGGUCCAAAGCAGACCCUCGGCGCUUGAUGCCUAGGGUUUGAAGAUACUCAGCGAAAGUGGUGUUCGUAUACUCCCCUGCGUCGUCGCUCUGAAAUUCUUGUAGCUUUUCCUUCGAUUCUCGUUCAGCCACCGCAAGCCACGCGACGAAGAUAGAAUAAAAAUCGACGUUAGUAUAAAAUGAAGAAACGAUGAAAGAAGAAAGCGCUGGUGAUUCGUCCAGUUGUCCAGGAAUGAAGCGGGUUGACCGAUGAGAACCCCUGUUUCUGCUUCACUGCUACUCUACUGCUCGGCUUCCUCUGCUUUACUGCUGCUGGUGCCGUGUUUGUUGGCCAGGAAUCAAGAGCCGUUAUAACUGCAGCGGCUGUACGAGAUCCCGUCGGAACUACAGUUGCACGGAAGUCUAUUUCAACCUUUUGAAAAUUGAUUUCUUCGGGAUGUUGCCAAAGCCCAAGAGAUAACACUCUGUCAGAAUGUCCAGAAGUGCCUUGCGAUUCAAAUUGAAAAACGGAGACGCCAUACUGAGUGGCAGCUCUCUCCAUGAGUUGAGCCGUUGAAAAAAGAUUAAAACCAAGUCCAGCGAUGAUAAGGACGUUCAUAACAUAGCACAUGUGUUGACCACAACAACUGUCAAGAUACCAAGUGUUCGGUCCUGCAAUAACCCAAGAGUUGUUGUUGGUGGAUCCUGCUUCACGGGUUGCUUGAACUGCUGCAACUGCUGCUGCGCUCCUCGUUUCUUAUCAGCUUGAAGCUUGUUGCAAUAUUUGAUGCCGUGUCCAUCCUUUUUGCGGUCAAGGUCCUGCUACUCUUCUUGAAGAAUCGAACAAAUUUCGGCUACGGAAAGAUUCGAUUGAAUGCGAAGAAGAGAUCGACACUGCCGCCAUUCUGCUCCAAGGCCGGCAAGAAGAACCGUUACAAACAUGUCCUUCGGGAAGUAUCCGCCGCAUUUUUCAAGUUGAUCGCAAAGGGUGCUAGCCCUGUUGAUAUAAUCCGAAACGUUCUCCUUGCCCUGCAUCUGUACAGUUGUCAGUUGUGAGAUAAUUUUACUCCCCUUCAAAUGCUUCCAUGCAGAUUCGGCUCGAGUCAAGCUGGUGUCAAGUGAGCGUAUACCGAGCUGUUCUUUCAGCGACAGAUUGCGGAUAAGUACUGUAUAAGCGCUGAGUGAAGCAUGAAGAAAACUUUGCUGCUCCAUUUGUGUUCCCGUGAUAGGAUACGAAUAAUCGCCACUGAAGAACGGCCAUAAACCAGCGGAUUUUGUGAGGAGCUCGAACCCAAAACUCCAGGAGUAGAAGUCAACACCAUUAAAAGGUGCAGAGGAUGAAGUCCCGGUGGAUGCACAGUAGGCAAAACUUGCUGCUGUUGAGGCAUCCCGAUUGAAGAAUAAGCAGGUGGAAAUUUUCCAGCUGCAGAGUCACCUGCUUGGCCUAUGAAGACUGUAGGAUUUGUUAUACCCGUAGGUCCAGUUGUUGAAGAACCAGAUGUUGGAGCCGAUGAUGAUCCAGUCAUAAUUGACGAUAGGCAAGGAAGGCCAAGACUAAGCGUGCCCUAUACGAGGAGGAGGAGGAGGAGGAGGAGGAGGAGGAGGAGGAGGAGGAGGAGGAGGAGGAGGAGGAGGAGGAGGAGGAGGAGGAGGAGGAGGGAGGAGGAGGAGGAGGAGGAGGAGGAGGAUGGUGAGAGCAGCGGGAUAGAGGAAGGCACCAAGAAGGCCAAUGGGGCUGACCCUUGGGAUUUCAGGGGGAGUGGGUGUGGAGGGGAGGCGGAGGAGGAGGACGAGAGGGACGAGGAGGAGGAGGAGGAGGAGGAGGAGGAGGAGGAGGAGGAGGAGGAGGAGGAGGAGGAGGAGGAGGAGGAGGAGGAGGAUGGGAGCAAGGAGGAGGAGGAGGACAACGACGACAACGAGGACGAGGACGAGGAGUAGAACAACUCAAUGCAUGGGCCAACUUGAUCUGGAAAUAUGGGACCAAGCAAACCAUCGAGUACGGGGCUUUCGCGUGACAAGAGCAACAGAAUAGAGACUGAAGGGACUAGAGUCGACUCAAGAUCGAAACGCCAAGUACAUCAUAAGGUUUAACGUUAGGAUAGGAGAGUAAGCGCGCCAAAGGAUGGCGCCGCGAGACGGUAAUGUGGCGCGCGGGUAGAUAGGAAAGGCGACGUUGGAUAGGAAAGGCGAUACGGAAAGUUGGCGCGAGGGCGAAAAAGAAAUGCCAGGCGGAAGAAAAGCGCGAGGGCGAAUAGGAAAUGCGCUGCGAAAAGAAAGAAGCGAGGGCGGAGAGGAGAGGAGAGGCGGAAAGGUGACGCCAGGGCGGACAGGAAUGUAUUAGGGAAAUUUGAAGCGAGGGCGGAUAGGAAAUGGGAGGUGGGAAGGAGGUGCGCCGCGGAGAGGAGGGCGUGGAGAGUAACGCUGACAGACCGCGUGAAGGAGAUGCGAG